GGUCCAAACCAACAAAGUGUUCCAUUCCCAGCACAAGCUGGUUCUCCUCCACCCAGCUAAGCUUCUCUCCAUUCCUCACCGCAGAGGAACAUUGUGGGAAAGACUUCUUCCACUCCUCCACUUCCCGCUCGGCCUUGGCCUUAAAUCGUCGGGGUUCUAGAGACACUUGGAAGCAAGUCACCAUGGCAGGUUUGAACUCCGUGGAUGCUGUGAAGAGGAAGAUUCAGUGUUUGCAGCAGCAGGCGGACGACGCCGAGAAGCGGGCUCAGGUCCUCCAGAGUGAACUGGACGGCGAACGAGAGCUCCGGGAGAAAGCGGAGGGAGAUGUUGCAGCUUUGAACCGCCGCAUCCAGCUGGUGGAGGAGGAGUUAGACCGGGCCCAGGAAAGGCUGGCCACAGCGCUGCAGAAGCUGGAGGAGGCGGAGAAGGCUGCAGACGAGAGUGAGAGAGGCAUGAAGGUGAUAGAAACCCGAGCCAUGAAGGACGAGGAGAAGAUGGAGAUUCAGGAGAUGCAGCUGAAGGAGGCCAAGCACAUCGCAGAAGAGGCCGACCGCAAAUAUGAAGAAGUGGCUCGUAAGCUGGUGAUCCUGGAGUUAGAUCUGGAACGAGCCGAGGAGAGGGCCGAGCUCUCUGAAUGUAAAGCCAGCGACCUAGAAGAGGAGCUGAAAAAUGUCACCAACAACCUGAAAUCCUUAGAAGCCCAGUCCGAGAAGUACUCGGAGAAAGAGGACAAGUACGAGGAGGAGAUCAAAGUUCUGACUGACAAACUGAAGGAGGCUGAAACUCGGGCAGAGUUUGCCGAGAGAACCGUGGCCAAGCUGGAAAAGUCCAUCGAUGACCUGGAAGAGAAAUUGUCACAUGCCAAGGAGGAGAAUCUGGGUAUGCAUCAAGUCCUGGACCAGACUCUCCAGGAACUGAACAGCUUAUAAAGAAACACACACAUGCACACACGCACAUGCACACACACAAAGAGAAAAGAUGAGACGUAACAUUCCAUUUCAGUUGGACUCCAUUCCACAUGCCCAGGAAGAGAAUCCCCACAUGGUUGCUUACUUCUUUUGUUGUUUGUUUUGAAGGAGAAACUUUAGUUUUUUAUUAAAGACAGGAAGUUAAAAGACACUCCAGCGUCAGAAAUGUUAGCCAUGAAUAACCACUUCCAGCCAAAGAGUUGGCACAUGUUGGCACACAGUGGCUGGAGAAGUUCGCCAACGUUGGUAGACUCCUGCACGCCUCCUACUGGUGAAUGCAGGUAGGUCCCUCAUGGGGGGAUGGAUGAAGGCAGAAUUCAACACGAGCAGCUUUGGGGUGUGUUCUCCAGCCCCGGUACAGUCCAACAAGUUUGUACUGUAUGUUGGACCAUCUCAUUUCACCUUCUUUGGCAACGUUUUUUUUAAUUGCAACAAGUCUGACCCAUCCUAAUGUAUAUAGUAGAUGAUGUUGGCUAUAUUUUGUCUUUUUCUCACUUCCUCAUGCCAGGGGAACCUUCAAGACCAAAGAAAGUUUUUUUUUUAUCAUAUGUCAUCUCAUUUUCAUCAAUCCCCCUCAGUGCCAGCCAAUAAAGGCAGCAACUUUUCACCUUUUUGUGUGUGUUUCUGUGCUGCCUUUCCAAGGUAGAAAGUUGGGUUGUUGAGUCAGGGAGUUAUUAAUAAGAGAUAUUAACCACACUCGUACUUGCCAUCAAUUUGAAUGAUGAACAUGUACACGUAUGGCUUAUUUUGUGAUGUUUUUUGUAGGUUACAUUUA